UCUAAUAAUAAAUCUCAUACAUAAUUGAUUUUAAUAUGUUUUCGCUGUAUUUUUGUUUUAUUUUUUAAUGUGUAUAAAUGUAUAUUAAUUAAACGCAGUCUCUACAACAAUGGAACUCAGGAGUUUUAUAUUUCUACUAACCCUAUUUUUACUAAAUCCUAUUCAGCACUGUAAUGGUAAACUACUAAACCACGACAGUAGGAUCGUAAAGAUAUCAAGGUUACCCACUCUUCCGAACUCUUCCUUCGUGAGUUUUAAUCGCAGUAAAAAGGCAGAGCCUAACACACCGCCUCAGAUAACAGAGUAUAAAAUUAAUAAAAAUGUAGUCCUUUCAAAACUAGUUGAUAGAAGGAACCAGAAACUGGCUUUAGUCGCCAGCGGCACUGUAUUAUUUGCAGCUACCUGCUAUAAAUUGGUUUCCAAAAUCGUUAAUCAUUACCUCUACGACCGAUAUGUCGUCAAAAAUUCUCCUGGAAUUGUUAACACUAUAGGUCAUGUCCUACUGACAAACACUCCUGACGUUCCAAGUAAGACCUUCAUGGACAAGGUUUUCAAACCAAUUCUCAAGGUCUUGGAAAAAACACCCUUCUUAAGGGGCAUGAUUAGACCUGGCAUGAAACGGGUGUCAACAGCUUCCGUUAUUAAAGAUGACACAAUUGUUCUAGUCUAUAUCUACGAUGAAUUCAUCCAUCAACAGUCAAAGAAUUAUGGAUUUGACUUCAUGCGUGUUGUUGUGGAUAAAUACCAGUCUCUGAAGAAAAGUGGGAAGAGUGUUGAGCUGGUCCUGGUAAACGUGUCAGGCAAGUGGGACAUGAGCUAUGACACAUUUAGAGGCCUCCCGUGCUACGCUGUUCCAUUUGGAGAUAAGAAACGCAAUCUUAAAAUUGCGGACAUGCUUGGGCCGAGCUCUAUACCAAACCUGUUUUUACUAGACUCACAGGGCAAUGUCGUCAGCGAUAACUGUUUAUACCUGAUGUACAAGUGGUCCAAUAACUUCCCGUGGCCCAAAGUGAAGUUAAUGGACUACUUACCAGAUAACUUGUAUAACAGCUCCAACGAACCCGUUCCGAAGAGCAGUCUUUACGGCAAGAUUGUGGGAGUCUACGUGGAUAGCGGUAAUCCUGAACUAAGUAAGAAACUAAGAGAUAAGCUGAAGGAGCUUUACGAGUUCAUGACCAAGGCGACUGACGGCAAUUUUGAGCUUCUGACCCUUAAAUACUGCAGUAAAAGGAACGAAUUUGACGAUUUCCUCAAGGGCAACCACCCAUCGUGGUUAAAUUUAGGAUUUGACGAGGUCACAACAAGCGUACUGCUCUCAAACACCUUUGGAAUGAACGAGUUCCUGUCAAAUAUCGUUCUUUUAGACCAACAAGGAGAUGUUUACACCAGGUUUGGCAUGUUUGCACUGGAUAAGAAUCUCUACCAGAGAUUACUUAACGGACUCCUGAAGGGUGCUUUCCGUGUAAAGGACGGCGAACUGGCACACCUCCACCUUAUGAACAGACCACUUAUCUUGGUCCUGGCAGAUAAUAAGGAUCCUAAGGGUUUGGAGGACUUAACAACUGAGCUCAACAAGGCUCUUUCAGCGCAUAGAAAAAAGCGUAGAGGACAAGAGUUCGAGUUCUUGGUCCUGAAUGAAAAGAACCCAUGCGAACAAACAAGGAAACUAUUACGUCUGGAUAGCAAAACAUCGAUGAUUGCUAUAAGUCCUUUUAACAAGUUACUGAAGUUUAAGGGGGAUGAACUGACUGAGAAUACUGUUUUAAAGUUCAUUGAUGACUACUAUAACUCCUUUUAAUGUUGUUGGUAUUA